AAGAGAAAAACUGAAAAAACAGGUUAAUAGAGCCGUUCUGGGAUUUCAGCUUCGUUUUCUCGUCAGUUUGAGAAGAAUCGAAAGUGAAAGAAGUGAACUGGGAUGAAAACCCGGAUCCUCCGCCCUGAGUCUCCAGUUUGCCUGAACCGGGACAAGGAGGCAGAAUGGCGGACUGCGAGUGUCCGCCGGUGACCGUGGAGGGCGACUGGAGUCCGGCUCAAAACAAAACCCUGAAGAACAAGCUGCAGCUUUACUUCCAGAGCAAGAAGAGGUCGAGCGGGGGAGACUGUCGCGUGGAGGUGGCGGACGGAGCCCCGCGAGCCGCUGUUUACUUUCGAUCAGAUGACGUGAGAGAACGAGUUCUCGCCAGGACAAACCAUGAAAUCAUCCUGGAAAAGGAAGCUGUGAAGCUGCGACUGAGUUCUGGACUACUGAGUGGACCUUCACAGAGCCCAACAGACAGUGAUCAGGUCUCAGACUCAUCAACUGAUUCAAGGACUCCAAAGUCAGAAGUUGAACCAGCAGAUGGAGCUUCUGCAGCCAGCCAGAAGGUUUCAGGAUCCGCUCUGACCUCAGCGGUGGUGUUGGAGAACGUCACCCACAGCAUGUCAAGAGAUCUGCUGAUGAUGCUGGUGGAGAACAUCUCUGGGCUGGAUGAGAAUGCCUUCAGUCUGGAGAUCAUCUGGGAGGCCAACAAGGCCGUAGUCAUCUUCAGCAGCCCGGCAGAUGUGGAGAAGUUCGUCUCUGUGAGCCAGACCAACUCAAAGAUGCAGAAACACAGACUGACCGCUCGGCCGCUGGAGGCAGCAAAGAGCGUCCGAAUGGAAAGUCUUCCUCCCACUGUGGUUAAAGACAUGCUGGAGAUGUGGUUUGAGAAGAACUGGGCGCCACCGGACGACGUCAUCAUGAUCCCAGAGGAACAAGCGGCCAUCGUCUCUUUCAGUGACCCAACAGUUGUUGCAAAGAUCUGCACCAAAGAAGACCACAUGAUGCGGUCCAUCGCCGUCAAGUUGUAUCCGUACUACGAGUCCCUGGGAACUGCCUUGUAUGGUACAGAGCGACCAGCCUGGAAGAUGCCUGAUUCCUUCAGGGAAAGCGUUCACCCCGUGAUCUGGAAGUUCCUCCUGAUGAAGAAGCAGCUAAAAAGCAUUAACGAUCAGAUGCGGCCGCACUUCUGCAGCGUGGAUCUGGAUGACCCGGAGGUGACGCUCAGCCCCCUCCCCAGCUUUCUGAAGCAGAGCGGUCUGACCGCUGCAGAUGUAGAAAACUGGAUGCGGAACACCCAGAAGGCCUUUCGUGAAUUCAUGUCUCAGUACACCGCCUUCGAAUGUGCUGUGAGCACAGAGGCGUGGAAGUCAGCAGAGAAAGACAUCCAUUCAGUGGUGAAGGAAGACGCCGUCCUCGUCUUCGAUGCGUCCAGAUCGCUUCUGACUGUUGCUGGUUGUGCUGAUGAUAUAAAACAAAUCAGGGCUCCUGUGGAGAACAUUGUUCUCAGAGCCAUGAGUGUCUUUGAACGGCAGGCAAGAAGCAUCACCGAGGGAAUGGUCUUGUCUUCUGCGUGGCUUUACAUCCUGAAGCAGGAGGGGCUCCAGAAAGCUGCCCUGGACAUCUCCUCUGAGCUGAACCUCUCCUACGAUGACCGCACCCAGAAGUUAGCCAUCACAGGACUUCCUGAAGAAGUGUACAAAACCAAGGCAUGGAUCUUAGAGAGGAAUGUCAAUAUGAGUAAAAAACAGCUGAAUAUCCCCCCUGGCCUUCUACAGUACCUCAGUUCAGUGGAUCCGAUGGACAUGUCAGAGAAACUCUUCACUUCUCAGGGAAUCAGCGCCAUCUACUGCUAUGACACCAAAGGAAUUUUUCUGUUGGGAAGUUCAGACAGAAUCCUGGCUGAUGCAGAGAGUAAGAUGAAAGCAGAUUUACAUGUGCAGACUCUGGAUGUGGAAGACCAGGAAGUUGUCAAACUUCACGGCUGGGUGGACCUGAACCAGAAACUUCUAGACACUUACAACAGCUCAAACAGGAAAACGGUGGCUAUUCAGAUCCACCCCGAGAGACGAGACAAAGUAACGGUAGCCGGCUUUGUGAACCCAGUCAAAGAGGUCUUCAGCAGUUUGAAGGAGUUCAUCAGGAAAUACUCGCAUGUUCAGGAAACCGUUCAGCUUGGGUCCUGUGCCAUUGUUCAGUUCAUCGAGAAGAAACAGUCACAGGUUUGGAUAAAAACUAUGAAAAACAAUAAGGUGUCGGUCCAUUUUGAUCCAGAAAGGCCCAGAAUCGUCAUCAGUGGGGCUCGUCUUCAUGUCCACGAACUCAAAUCCUGUUUUCAGGAGCUGGCUGCUGCUCUUUUUGCAGACACCUUAACUGUGGACAAGCCUGGAGCGAAGAAACAUUUCCAGUCCCAAGGAAGCAUGUUUUUGUCUCCCAUAAUGUCCGAGUUCAGCUGUGUGGUGGUGCUUCAGUCAGAGAUCCAAGAUGAAAACGAGGAAGACACCUAUGAGGAGGAAACUAGCCUUUGUUACUGCAAAGUGCAGACUAGCAGUAAAGUUCUGGUUUCUGUCAGCAGGGCGGACAUCUGCAGCUUCCGCGUUGAUGCUGUGGUCAAUGCAGCCAACGAAGAACUGCAGCACAUCGGCGGUCUGGCUUUGGCUUUGCUGAAGGCUGCAGGACCAGAGCUGCAGAAGAUCAGCACCGAUUACGUUACGAAAAAUGGAAAACUGCGCCCAGGUGACGCCAUCGUAACAGGUGCAUGCAACCUGCCCUGCAAGUACAUCGUACAUGCAGUCGGUCCGCGCUUCUCUGACAAUGACAAGAAGACGUCAGUGUCCCGCCUGAAGAUGGCCGUUAAAGAGAGUCUGAGACAAGCGGAGAUGGUCAGCUGCUCCACCAUCGCUCUGCCAGCCAUCAGCUCAGGAGUGUUUGGGUUUCCCGUCCAGCUCUGUGCUGACACCAUAGCCGAGGCAGUCCGAGAGUACUGCGACAGUCCACAGGGUUUGGGAACAUUAACGGAGAUUCACCUGGUCGACAACAACGUUGACACAGCCAGAGUCCUGGCUACCGCUGUAAACACCGCGUUUAUUGACCUCGGGCCGACCAUGACGGUCCCGCAGCAGGCCAGCAGGAGGGGUGCAACGGCUUCAGGCAGAUACCAGCGGGGUCGUGGGAGAGGACGUGGCCAUCGGUUUGGGGAUAAAGGAGCUAGAGGAGGACAUGGAGGAAGAGGUGCAGGAAACCACCAGGUUACUAGACAGGAUCAGAGCACCAGGGGCCCCACCAGGCACCAAGAGCACAGAGGGCUGGGGAGGAUGGAGCAGACCACCCCCGAUGGGCUGAAGAUUGCUCUGUGUAAAGGAAACAUUCAGGACCAGAAUACUGACGUCAUCGUCAACACCAUUGCAGACAACAUGAACCUGGACCAGGGAGCCGUUUCCAAAGCCAUCGUGGAGGCGGCCGGUGAAAGUCUGCAGGUCGCCGUUCAGACUGAAGCCGGAGUGGCUGCGCUGGACUACGGCGAAGUCGUCAUCACCGACGGAUACAGGCUCAGGUGUCGCAAAGUCUUCCAUGCUGUUUGCCCUUCCUGGGACAACGGAGCCGGUCAGGCGGAGAAGGAGUUUUUAUCCAUCAUCACGUUUUGUUUGGAGGAAGCUGAGAAGCAGAAGAUGUCGUCUCUGUCCUUCCCAGCCAUCGGAACAGGAAACCUAGGAUUCCCCAGAGACUUGGUGUCCAGAAUCCUGCUGAAGGAGAUCCACUUGUUCAGCCGCAGGACAAGACCUCGCCACCUGAGAGAGGUGGUCGUGGUCGUGCAUCCCAGCGACAGCCUGACUGUGGACUGUUUCACCAGAGAGUUCACCGGUCAGACGAGUUCAGUGAACGUCCAUCAUGCUGCUCUGGAUUCACACCACGCUGCAGCGCAGCAACCAGCCCGCCGCUCACUGCCGUCCUCCGCAUCAGCGUCAUCUUCCUUCAGCCUGGUUUCAUCCCCCAUCCUCGGUGUGUACCGCAUGCAGAUGGGUCAGCUCAUCCUGGAGGUUUCAUCAGGAGACAUCACCAAGGAGACCUGUGAUGUCAUCGUUAACUCCUCCAAUCAGAGCUUUAACCUUCAAGCAGGCGUGUCGAAGGCGAUUUUAGACAGCGCUGGAUUAACGGUUCAACAGGAGUGCUCAAUGAUUGUGAAUUCUCCAGGUUACCUGCCUCGUGCAAUGAUCAUGACCUCAGCCGGCCAGCUGCCCUGCCAGAACAUCAUCCAUGUCGUUGGCCGCAACGAGCCUGCAAAGAUUAAAGAGUUAGUUUAUGCUGUGCUGAAGACCUGCGAGGAGAACAAGUUUACCUCUGUCGCCUUCCCAGCUCUGGGAACAGGUCAGGGAGGGGCCAGCCCGUCAGCAGUGGCCGACGCCAUGGUUGACGCGGUGGUGGAGUUUGUGAGGAAGAAGCACCACAGGUUCGUCUGCAGUGUGAAGAUCCUGAUCUUUCAGACGGUCAUGAUAACGGAGUUUGUCAACAGCAUGAAGAAGAGACAAGGAGAGGACGUGGAGAGGAGCAUCUUUGGCAAGUUGAAAGACAGUGUCACCUCAUUUUUUGGAUUUGGGUCGGAGCAGCCUAGCACUGAAGACUUUGUUCUGGAGAGGGAGGAGUUUGAGCCUGCGGUAUUUGAGCUGUGUGCCGACAACCAAAACGCUGUGAAUUUGGCUAAGAGGAGGAUCAAUGAGUUGAUUGUGCACGAGCAGAUGGAGAAAACCAUUAGUGACAAGUACAUUAAUCAGCUGUCCCAAGCUGACCUUGAGGAGCUGAAGACCCUGCAGAGGAAACUGACUGUGAGAAUCCGUCUGGACAGAGGGAAUAAAGACCAGGAGCCCAAGAUCCAUCUGGAGGGUCUCACCAGGGACGUCUACACUGCAGCAGAUGCAGUCAGCUCCAUCAUCCGGAAGGUGGAGAGGACGGAGAACGAGAAGAGUAAAGCCAUACUGGUGAGUGGAUUAGUUGAAUGGCAGUUUCAGAGCCAAAGAGGAGCAAUGGUGCCCUUUGACAUUUACAUCAACCUCAAACUCGAAGAAGCUCUGGAGACAAAGCAAAGUGUGAAGAUCAAAAUCAACGGUGACAUGUACACGGCUGACCCGAAGCUAAGAACAGCAGUUUCUACAAAGGGAUCCAAGCAGGUCGAGCUGCUCAGAAAGGACUUGAAAGCAGUCGACAGCUCACUGCCUGCACACUGGGAUGACAUGAAAGGCGACAUCGUGAAGCUGUUUCCUCUGACGGUGGGAUCUACUGAGUACACUGCCGUGCAGACGGAGCUUACAAAGGCCGGACUUGCUCCGAACAUCAUCAGUAUUGAACGAGUCCAAAAUGUGACUCUGUGGCAGAGCUAUCAGCUGCUGAAGAAACAGCUGGAGAAGAAGAACAACCACACGAACAACGAAAAGCUGCUGUUUCAUGGAACCGGUGCCGACUCCAUCGAUCUGAUCAAUAAUAAAGGCUUCAACCGCAGCUACGCAGGACAACAUGGUGCCAUGUACGGGAAAGGCUCUUACUUUGCUGUGAACCCUGUGUAUUCAGCGCAGGGCUACGCCAGAGCCGACGCAAAGGGACACAAGCGCAUGUACCAGGCCCAGGUUCUUGUUGGAGACUACACCCAGGGAAAUUCUGGCAUGAUAACACCUCCCUCCAAAUCUGGGAAUGCUGCCGACCUGUAUGACAGCGUCACGGAUAACAAAAAUUCCCCAACCAUGUUCGUUGUCUUCAACGACAUCCAGGCGUACCCAGAAUACCUGAUCACAUUUACGUAACCCAUCAUGUCCCCACUGAUCUGAGAAAACGUCUAACUUCUGUCAUACCUGUAGUUUAGAAAGCUGCCAGUUCCAAUCUGACAUAACAACUUGUAAAAGAUGAAUGGAUGCUAUUUACUCCUAAAUAAAAAUAACUUGAUUCUUGAA